AAAGCCGAUUUUGCGCAUCUGCCCCGUGGCUGCCUUUCCGUGCACUCAGACCGUCGCCGAGCCACAAAGACGUCACAUUACAUAACACGCAGUCAUCAUGAGGAUUUACUUAAUCGGAUCAGGCCUGUGUAUAGCCACGGUGGCCGCUUGUAUGGAUGCGACCGGCCGUGAAUGCGGAGAUCUAGGUCCGCCGCCGUCCAUACUGGACAUGCCCCCGCCUCCGAUGCCUUCGUUUUUGGCCGCCGUCUUGAACGAUCAGUCGGGCAGCAAUGAAUCAAACUCGCCGAACAAAGACAUGUUGAUGGAAACCAACGAACUGGAACCUGGCAAACCGUGCAAAGCCAUGUGCGACACUGAUCAAGGGGUGGGAUUCGUCGAGUUACCGCAACAAGGACCUAUUAUCGAGACGUACUCCUGGUGGAUGCUGCUGUCCACGUGCUUGCUCGCAGUGAUGCUGAUCGGGACAGUCAUACUAGUGGUAGUCGUCCGGCUGAGAGAUAAGAAACGUUGGAGCAAAUCGGACUUCAGCCCGGAGCCAAAGAAAAGCCCCCCGCUGUACGACACUAUCGACAUUUCGCCGAAGACGUUUUGGGCGACGCUGUCGCCCACGGGCAACAUCGACACGACGGCCACGACCCGGCGACCCGUGCACCACCAUCCGCAGACGAUCGCCAACCCGAACUUCGAGAACGGCGCCUACUAUCCGUACGAGCAGCAACACGAGUACCAGCAGAUCACCACCAUCCGCCGCGCCAUGCCCGAGUACCAGACCAUCAGACCGCACGUGUCGUCGCCCACGCGCAUCGAGCACCCAAACAUGCCGCCGCUGAACCUGUACAGAUCGAUCCGCCGGAUUUCCGAUCUGGAAUCGCCGUGAUCCGCUCCGGCCGACGGCGAUCGCGGUCCACACGGCGGCGUCGUGUGCCCGCCGCGAGUGUAAUAAUAAUAAUAUGCACCGAGUGCAGUCACCUGCAAGUAUAUUGAUUAUUAUGCGUUUUAGAAAUCCCGUCGGAGGCCGACGACAACAUUAACGAUAAUUUUAUAACAAUAAUUGCGUCGUUGUUGAGCGUAUUCCGCGACCGUUUCCCGAACCCGAGACGCCGUAGGUUUCGUCCAAUUUUUUCCCGUUUUACUGUCCCCGAAGUCUUCGAGUCCGCACAAUAUUAUCGUUGCAGUGUCCAUUAUGCUGACGCAGGCAUAUUGUAAAAAUAUUAUGAUGUGCCCCGUUUGCCCCGAAAUCGUUUCAACCGCAUCGCGCUCUGUGUAUAUGAUUUACGUGUUUGUAUUUGGCAGAAAGAAAAUCAAUUCCUAUAAUAGAAACUCUACUCGAGUACAGUCGUUGUUUAUAUACAUAGUCCGAACAAAAUAUGUUUGUACAUAGGCGAUAGGUAGUACAUAGUAUGCAUAAAGUACUGUAUAAUAUUAUUAUGUACAUAUGUAGAAGGCUUACUGAUGUCGCGUGAAUCUAAAAUGUGUAUCUCCCCGAAACUCGAAUAUUCAUUUUUUUUCUCUUAUAUUUAUUAUCAACAUACUUUUUCGUGUUUUCAACGGAUUCAAUCGUUCGGAAUAAUCGCACGACACGGUAAACACGACAAUAUGAAGAAACGCAUUGCAAGAUACAUAAAUCAGCAUACCUUAUUGUGCCAUGUUCGAAAUUCAAAGAAAUUAUUAUUUUUAUUUUUUACACAUCAGUAACUCCCAUCGUAUAAUAUAUACGACGUAGGGUGGAAUGUAAACACCGAAUUUGAUGUUUCAUUUUCGAACAGUGUUUUUCAGCACAAUACGUCUUUGCGAAUUCGCAAGGUAAAAAAUGCGUUUGUAUACAACAUACUUUAACAUUUUGUUACCAUUUUGUAAGGUAAAAACUCAUGGUUUUUUUUUUUUUUUGUUCUUUUCAAGUUUCAAUUUUGAUGUAUCGGCCCAACCCUCUAGUCCUUAAGUUAAGUACUUUUAGUUGAACAAUUACAAGCCGCUGUGCUAAUGGCAUAAUUUAAUAUCAUAGCUGUUGACUAUUUUAUCCACCGGAAAACGACCGGGAAGACCACACAAUAUAGAUUUAUCGUAUUGAUUUGCGUAGCUGUGCAGAACUAAGAUUUCCAAUAUAGG